UGGGGAACCACCUCAACUUUACCAAUCAUCAAGCCUAUCAUCACCACCUCUAACGGUCCAUGAUCAUCCUUCGGGAUGUGACUGAGAAGAACCGAGUCGUGAAAGGCCGUGGACUCGACCGGAGCAUGGAGGACACCUCAAAAUCCCUAAAAAAACAUUACCAAUUCUCUCGAGCUGUCAAGCGCCGCUUCGGACGCAGAGGCAGAGUCGGCGAGAAGAAAAUCGGCGACAAACACGACGAGGAUGACGAUGAGAACGAGGAUGAGGAGGACGAGGGCUGUGAUGUGCAGGCGUGGGAGACAUUGAGCAAGAGCUUUAACGACGUGCAAUCUGUUUUGGAUCAUAAUCGAGUUUUGAUCAAGCAAGUCAACGAAAAUCACCAGUCUAAAGUUGCAGAUAAUUUGGUUAAAAAUGUUGCCCUAAUUCAGGAGAUUAACGGUAAUAUUUCUAAAGUCAUGGGGAUUUACUCUGAUCUCUCUGUCAAUUUCUCCAGCAUCGUUCAACAGCGACAAGCUCUAUCCAAGAGUUGUGGCGAUACCAGCAACAGCAGUAGCAAUAGCUAACCGCCAGCCGGGGGACUCUCCGAGAAACUAUCAGAUUUGAUCAAAGUCAUCGGUGGUGGAUCCUUCAAGAAAUUUCAGUAAUCUUCGAUGCCUCUUUUAUACCUCUGGUGAAUUAAUAAGCAUUUUCUAGAGCUCACUUGUCAAACCUAUGCUUAUGCUGUCUCGUCUUUUAUUGGUUGAGUCGCGUGGUUGACUCACGCUUGUCUUUGUGUUUUGAGUCGUUUGGUAUGGAUUGGAUAAGUUUUAAGGUGUCGUUCAGUCGGUCACUGACUGUACUAGUUAUUGAUUUUGUGAUAUGGUGGCGAUGGAACUGAUGGUUAAUGUGAUGCUUAUGUGUGUUUUUUUUUC